AUGGGGGCAACCCCUUUCCACCACUCCAUUCUCGAGGUCCGGCUACCGAAGCAUUUCGAUAAGCCAACGGACAUGAGAUAUGACGGCACCCAAGAUCCUCAAGAACAUCUAACGGCCUUUGAGGCCAUGAUGAAUCUGGAUGGUGUGCGUGAUGAAGUGAGAUGUCGCGCCUUCUCCGUAACCUUAGCGGGGUCGGCAAUCCGUUGGUUCAACGUUCUCCCCCAAGGCUCCGUGACCACUCUUGCAAACAUAACUCGAGCCUUCCUGGCUCAAUUCACCACGCGUAUUGCUAAAGCUAAGCACCCGAUCAACUUGCUAGCGGUGACGCAGAGAAGCGGGGAACCGACCAGGAAGUACCUGGAUAGGUUCAAUGAUGAAUGCCUGGAGAUCGACGGCCUGACUGACUUGGUAGCCAGCUUGUGCUUGACAAACGGGCUGCUGAAUGAAGAUUUUAGGAAACACCUUACCACCAAGCCUGUGUGGACGAUGCAAGAAAUCCAAAAUGUGGCCAGGGAGUACAUCAACGACGAGGAGGUUAGCCAAGUCGUGGUAGCCAACAAGCGGCAACCCGCCCAUAACCCUGCUCGUCAACCCACCCUGAUCGUCGAGGUGUACCAGCAGAUAGCCGACAAAGGCAUCCUGUCGAAGCCUCGACAACUCAAGGAUAGAACUGGAGGGAACAAAAAUCUCUACUGUGACUACCACAAGGGCUUCAGCCAUAAGACCCAAGAUUGUUUCGAUUUGAAGGAUGUUCUAGAGCAGGCGAUCCAGGAAGGUAAGCUGGCAGAGUUCUCUCACCUCAUAAGAAAACCCAGGAGGCGAGAUCGUGACCGAUCUGGCGACGACAGGAGCCGCGCAGUAAGACCAAGGCAAGAGCCCGAGGAGGACAAUGAAGGCGGCCUCACCAUUGUGAACGUUGUAGUCGGGAGAGACGUUGCCCCUAGGUCGAAGUCGGCAUGCAAGAAAGAUGCCAAAGUCUUGGCUAUGUCAUCGUCUAGUCCUGCGCUUUCCUCCAGGAGAGUCCCGUCAAUAUCAUUCGGACCAGAGGACCAAUGGUUUGACGACUUGCUGGAGAACCCUUCAAUGGAGAUCACAGCAAGGGGAGGAACUGGUCUGGUCAGGCGAAUCCUCGUGGACACUGGAGCCGAUUCGAACAUCAUGUUUCGUAACGUGUUUGAUGCUUUAGGCCUCCGAGACACCGACCUGAAAACUCACCAACACGGUGUGGUCGGCUUAGGCGAUAACUUUAUCAAGCCUGAUGGAAUAGUCUCCCUACCAGUCUCCAUAGGAGGAGGUCGAGGGAAGAGGUCGGUAAUGGCGGAGUUCAUUGUUCUAAGGGACUCCACGGCCUACAACCUCAUCAUGAGAAGGAAAACGAUCAAUGAGUUCAGAGCGGUAAUAUGUACUAAGUUAUUGAUGAUGAAGUUUGUUGCUGACGAUGGGUCGGUGGGAUCCAUCAGGGGAGUGGUGCAGAUUUUCUAA